UCAUACUCACACCCCAGCCUUUUUGUCUAGGAAGAAACUAUGUUUUUUGAUUGAAUCUUCUAUCUAUCGGACAUUGUUGUUAAAUGUUGUUUGAGUGUCGCUGCAGGUUGUGUAUGUGGAGUUACUGGGAGGCAGGAGAGUGUCAGAAAGAGUCAAGUGUGAGGGAGAGAAGCUGAUGGGCUGAGUGUGUGAAAGAGGAGAAUGGAAGGAAAGUGUGUGGGUGUCAGAGCUUGAUGUAAAUUCUGCCUUUCCUUCAAGCCAAUGAGAAGAGAGAUCCAGCACCUGGUCCUGCCUGCUCAGUGCUUGCCAAUUUGGCUACCAGACUUUGGUGCCAGUGAAGAAGCGAAUGCUGUAAAGUACACAUCAGGCCUGUCACUGAUGCCACACACAUGGGAGCAGGCUCAUCCUCAGGGGGCUAGGGCCCUUGGAUAUGACCCCUGAUAUAACUAUCUUCUUUCUGGAUUCUUGUUCUUCUGUCCCCUGCUUCUAUCUAUACUUGCAACACCAUGGGUAGUGUUGGCAGUCUCCUAUCUGGGCAUGGCUUCAAUCACAAGCAAGGGAGAGGUUCCCAACAUCGUGGGAGAAAACCAUCCCACUUGAAAAAGCUGAGCCGUUGCUCAGAUGGCAUUCUAAGAUUUGGCUUCUCCCAAGAGUCAGGGCAUGCCAAGGGUGGAGGAUCCAAGAUGGGGCGAAGUGAAGAUUUCUUCUACAUCAAAGUCAGUCAGAAAUCCCAUGUGGGUCCCAGGCAAGAGUACCAUGGAGCAGUGACAAACACAGAGCCAGAGCCUAAGUCUAGUCAAGAGUACUCAGGUCCACCAAAUAAAACCUGCAAUCCUCCCAGCAUGAUCCACUUUCCCAACCGGCUGGAACUGGAGAUGAAUGCCCUACGCCCAACACCUCUAAAACCUGGAAUGCGCAGGAACUCAGCUGUCACAUGCUAUCCAGCUGCAGAGAGUGGACCACAAUUAUCUCUCUAUUAUCGUUCAGAUCGUUCUCGGGAGGCUGAGAGUCGGGCUGGACACUGUAUGGCUGGCAUGUCUGAAUCAGGCAGGAACUCCAUGUCCAGCCUUCCCACACACCCCAGUAAGCUAGGAACUGUAUGCCAGUUGGAUGCUCUUCUAAUGCCAACAGGACGCUUUGGGGGCAGUGCCCACAAUAUAACCCAAAGCUCAAGAAGCAACAUGCUCAGCCUCAGAGCUAUGUCCUUGUCAGAUGGUGGAAAUGCCAACAAAAUUAUUAGUGUGCCACCAAAAUCAGGCUUAAGAUCUCCUCCAUCUUGUGAGGAUCUUGCAAGGGCUGAACCUGUUGAGAACAAAGAAGAAGGACACAGAGGAGGUAUCAAUAGGUCCAGGCAGAGUUCUCAGAGGGGCCAGAGAGGUCAACAUGUUUUGCAGAUUCAGGUAACACAGGAGAGGGAGAGCAAGGAGAGCAAGAUGCGGAGUUAUGAGAAAGAGAAAAAGAUGUCCAUGAGUCCAUCGAUGGAUGAGACACAAUGGGAGGCAUGCCAGAAGCCUGGGGAGAUUGCAUCUCUCCGCCUGCAGCUACGGGAUACCCAAGAAGAGUCAUCACUCCGUGCCAGCGAGAUUCUGAGCCUAAAAGCCCAGCUCAGAGAAACAAAGGGUAGGGCAGAGGCCCAAGAGCAGAGAGCUAGGGAAGCAGAGGAGAGGCUUCGCAUUAUGGAGGAAGAUAGGGAGGAGAGGGAGCAGGCCCAAAGUGAGGUUGAUUUGGACACACUGAGGACCGAGCUUGAAGCUGAGCGUCAGAACAAUGAGCAGAUGACGGAUGUGUUCCAGAGGGAGCGCAAGACGUGGCUGGAGGAGAAGGAAAAGGUCAUCCGUUAUCAACGCCAACUCCAGCAGAGCUACCUGCACAUGUUCCAGAGAUGUCAAGCCCUGGAGCAGAGGCUUCGAGCCCUGACUGGCGUAGAAGAUCUUGAUGAUGGGCCUAUUCUAACAUUGCCAGAUAUGGAGCUUACUUUCCAGGACAUACUAGCCACCGAAAUUUGAUCAGGAAGAGUAAAAGAUGAUUGUGAGGGCAAGUGAGUGAGUGAGUGUCUGUGAAUAACAGUGUGGACUGAUAUGAAUGGGAGUACAUGCAAUAUACAUUUUCCCACAGCAGUUGCUUCUUUUGCUCCGGCUGUCCUUUUGUGAUCAAUUUUGACCACACCACUUACUCAUAAAAACAGCAAAAGAAAAUACAAAUAAAAAAAAAAUGAGAUUAUGUCAGUAAGUAGGUGUCAUUUUAUGGACCCAUUGCUACAUAAUAAUUGAGAUGGAAAAAACAACACAAUCACAAAGAAGUCUUCAUGUGAAAGGGACCCUACUCUGACCAUGCAUAUAGACAAAUAGGAUUGUUUGUUGUAGUUUCAAAGUUAUUUCUCAUCAAAGCAGAACAAGCUUUCCUCAAUGUUUCAUAAUAAUUUGAUGCUCAGAGUUCCCUCAAUAUGGUAACGGUACAACCACCAGAAGGACAGGGUAGAUUUUGAGUGUUUUGCUCCCUGGCCUGCCUUUUCAGGUGAGUUGUUAAGAGCAUGUUAGCGCAAGAUAAUGCCGCUUUAUACUCAUUUAACAAGACUCUGGGAAUUAGGGAUGCACCGAAUCCACUAUUUGGGAUUCGGCCGAAUCCUUGAUGAAAGAUUCAGCCAAAUACCGAACCAAAUCCUAAUUUGCAUAUGCAAAUU